UGUCCGAUCGUGACCGUGGUAGCAAACAGAGGGUAAAGGAGGGAGCGAGGUAAAAAAUGGAGAAAGGGAAUAAACGAGAGAGAUAAAUCGAGGAGUCGAAGGGACCGAGAAAUAUAAACAGUGAAACGAAGAAGAGGCGAUGGUGAUUUUUGUGCCGUGGAGGAGGAGAGGAAGUUUCGAGGAGGAUAGAAAGGUAAGCUGAGGUGGGUGGUGAUGGCGAUGGUGGUGGAGGCGGUAAAAGAGAAAAAGGGGGGCUGUGGAGGUGAGAAGGUAGGAGAACCAGCCUCCGCCAGUAUCCACGUGUUCAGUGUAGUAGCGCGUUAUGACCCGGAUGUUAGAUCGUAGCUGCAGUUUUGCGAGAACCUGCCGACCCGGAUGUCUCGUUCGUCGCCUACCAGUGAUCCGCUACUAAUGUCCUCCUGGUCACCGAAAUAUGUUCAAUCGGAUAGAUGCGAGCAAAUCAACGAAAGGUGCCAGCAAACUUCGAAGGGACCUGAUAAAUGCCGAAAUCGCCAACUUACGUGAUUUACUGCCAUUACCACCCUCGACUCGUCAGAGACUUUCCCAGCUACAGCUUAUGGCUUUGGUUUGCGUAUUCCUUCGAAAGGCCAAUUAUUUUCAACAAGCCUUGAAAAACUGUCCGUCCGACUCUUCGAAUAUCCCGACUCCUAAUAUAGGAUUUUCAAAAGCCAUGUCCGGAUUUAUAAUGAUGAUGACCCAGCAAGGGAAACUGUUGUAUAUAUCGGAAAAUGCCGCAGAAUAUCUUGGACACUCUAUGGAAGAUUUAUUGAUCCACGGAGAUAGCGUUUACGAUGUGAUAGACAAACAGGAUCAUAUGGUUGUACAAAAUCAAUUAUCUAGAAAUAGUCCAAUUCCAAGCGAUAGAAGAUUAUUCCUUUGUCGCAUCAACGUGUCUAGAAAUUCUCGAAGACAACUACGUUUUGGCGAUCAGAAGGUGGUUCUUGUCGAAGGUCAUUUUUUACCUUUCGUUCCUGUUUGUAAUCGAAACGAAUUUGUUUUUCUUGCUUCGUGUACACCCGUUAUUUUACCGGAAACACGAGAAAGUAUCGUGCAGGGUGCGACUAAUAUUUUCACCACCAUUCACUCUAUGGAUAUGAAGUACCUUCAUAUUGAUAAAACAGCGGAAAGCCAUUUGGAAUAUACACGUAACGAAUUAGUAAACGUGUCAUGGUACAAUUUGUUGCAUUGGGAUUCUAUACGAACAGCGUACUGUAAGCAUCAGACUGUUAUCCAAUCUGAUCAAGAAAGAUCUGCAACCGCGCUCUUGAGACUGCAGAGUCGUUCUGGGCGAUGGUUCUGGGUCCACUGUGUUUUACAAGUGAAGGAUACCUCUGAAGAAUGUCAGCAUCCCAUCAUUGUCUGUACGAAUCAAGUUUUAAGUGAUAAGGAAGCGGAAGUAAUGCGCUCGAGCUCGUGGCUGUACCAGUACUCGUCCCAAUCAAAAUUCACCUACACGAUCUGCUCCGGUAGCCAAAAUCGUAGUGUGCCAUACGCGACCGGAAGUCAGAACAACCAGCAGCAAGACUACGCGAGAUCGUUGUCUCACCCCCACAAUAACGACCCUCAGCACUCUCCUGAUAUUCGAAAUUCCGAGCAGGAUGUUCACAAUUCCUCGAAGUCGCAAAUGAAAGAUUUCACAGGGAGAAGUACUCGAGAAGAUGCAGAGCCCGUAGACAUGUCUAUAAGUAGUAGCGAGCAUGAGAAUAGAAAUAUACACGUGCACAUGCAACACGGCCAUUAUGCUCUUGGCCAAUUCACAGACAGGUACAAAGCACACCACAAAAAUUCCUUAAAUUUGAGUGGUUAUAGAGCUAAGUUUAUUCAGUGUCAUGGUCAGUACAACGUGAACGCGUUGUCGCCCAAGUAUUACAUCACAGAUUUAGAUAAGGAGUAUUGUUGUAACGAGAGGGGCAGUACGCAUAAGCGACUUCCUGUUAAGGCCUUGUCGACAUCAACGGUAACAGGAACAGCGGUUGAUCCCUCCGAGUUGCCCAUGGAACAUUGGAACUCCAGUCCAGUAUGGUCCGACACCUUACAGAGGGUACCGGAUGUCGUUCAUCAAGAACUUAGCCCAUACGUAGCAACACCUACCACCCCAGUUGAUACUCCAGAUUCAGAGCUACACCCGGAAACGCCGAUUUUCAAUUUCGAUUGGACAGCCGAGCAACACGUGCCCAAUCUAAAGAUUACGUUUCGCAGUUCGAAUCAGGGAACCAGGAAGACCCAGGACGUUCAGCCGAUCACGUUACAGUUACCACGUAAAAAGGGCCAGUCCAUGAACGACUCUAAAGACUUUCCUAAAUGAGACUGUGCACUUUUUCAAUUGGUGCUUUACAGUUAGAUAGGCAAAUAUUAUAGAUUUUUUUUUCUCUAACACGUUGACUGUCACAGAAAAAUGGCUAUGUGUGAUAAGACAUUUUAUAUGUAUACUCAAGAUACAAUCCUUCCAUUUAUUAAAUUAAGCUCUAAAUAUAGAAAUUUAAAAAAAUAUUUUUGGUUUUUUUAGUAAUUCAUAGGUGGCAGUUAACGUGUUAAGUAGGCGGAAUUUUGCAAAUUUUGAGAAUCUAGCAGAAUACGAAGUGUUGGAAAUCAGUGGGAUUGUUGCACUGAUGCAAUUUAAAUUAUUUUAUCUUAUAUUGGUGACAGUCGAUCCAUUAAACUAGUUCCUAAUAUAGAAUCAUUAUAAGAUUUAAAGAUUGACUGAUAUCAUAUUAAAUUAUGAGAUCAAAUUCAGAAGUUGGUGCAAUGCAUUAAAAAAUUGUUUUUGUUGGAUGGAAAAGCUAUCAGUAUUAAAUGAAAUCUGUUUGCUGGUAAGAGAUAUAUGGGUAAGAUGCCAUAAAGUAUUAGGGUAAUAAGUGGUAGAAAUGGAAAAUUUUUGUAAUGUUUGUAGUAAAUAAUGAAUGCAAGAGAACAAGAGUACCUAAUUUUUAAUGUUAAAUGGUGAAGUAUAUUAACCAACAUCUAAAAGUUUCUUAAGAGAAAUUUUAGGAAAAAAUUGAAACCUAGUUUUUUUAGAAAUUAUUUUCAUCUUUAAUGGUGUAAAUAUCAAUGUAGCAGCGUUGUUAGUCUUCUAGCAAUGCGUUUAAAUAAUUAGUAAUCACGUUUACUUGCAUAAGUUCUAUCAGAAAUCCGGUUAUAUAUGUUGAAAAAGAUGUUCAUUAAUAAAGAACAUUUUCUAACACUUAUAUAAUGCCGCCAACGAGUUAUCGACUUACCGAUAUUCUGGAAUCGGGCAGCGCCGUCUAUUCGAAAGUAGCGGAAACUACUUGUCGAAUAGUUUCGGCGAUAUCCUGAUAUCCACAAUUUUUCUGUAGGGCGCAGUUUAUUCGUUUAGUAUCCUCGACAGCACAAUUAUUCGCAGCUCGUGUAUGUGAUUAAAUUGUGUAUUAGGUAUCAAAAAUAUAAGAAACAGAAGACAAAGUUGAAGAGAAGAUCGGAGUCGUGACUUCUGACAUCAUUUCCACAUUGUCUUCAGAAAUGUGUAAGCUGAAAAUUUAUACUCUAUUUUGUCGAUACAGAUACAAAUUAAAAUAACCUAUUUCUCAUUUA